AUGGCAAGACUGCUGCUCUGGGCUGGUUUGGCCCUCCUGCUCCAGCUCCAGCUGGGUACAGCCUUCAAACUGGUCUGUUACCUCACUAGCUGGGCCCAGUAUCGCCCAAGCCCUGCCUUCCUCUUCCCGGAGGACCUGGACCCCUAUCUCUGCACCCACCUGGUGUAUGCCUUUGCAUCGAUGCAGAACAACAGAAUUACCCCCACAGAGAGGAAUGAUGAGGAGAAAAUGUACCCGCAGCUUAAGAGUCUCAAGGAAAGAAACAAGGAUCUUCGUAUACUGCUGUCCAUUGGAGGCUGGUACUUUGGCACAAACAGAUUCACCAAGAUGCUCUCCACAUUCGAGAACCGACAAACUUUCAUUUUCUCGGUCAUAGUCUUCUUGCGGAAGCACGGCUUUGACGGCCUUGACCUUUUCUUCCAGUACCCCACAUUUAGGGGCAGUCCCAAAGAGGAUCGUGGCCGAUUCACCUCCUUGAUUCAAGAACUUCUGGUUGCCUUCCAUAAUGAGGCCCAGGACACUGAGCAAAGCAGGCUGCUGCUCACUGCAGCUGUGUCUGGUGACUACAAAAUCAUCAGCCAUGCCUAUGAUGUGUCAACUAUUGCAAGGCUUUUGGACUAUGUCAGUGUCUUGACUUAUGAUUUCCAUGGAAGUUGGGAAGUGGUCACUGGGCACAACAGCCCCCUGUAUGGAAGGAAUUGGGAGAAUAAUAAAGUAGACUACUUGAAUUGUGAAAUUGCCAUGAAGAUAUGGAAAAAGAAGGGAGCUCCCCCGGAGAAGCUCGUCAUGGGGUUUCCUGCCUAUGGGCGUACCUUUCACAUCCUGAGCUCCAGCCAUGGGAUAGGGGCUCCUGCUUUUGGGCCAUCAUCUCCUGGGAAUUAUACUCAGGAAUCUGGGUUUUUGGCUUACUAUGAGAUCUGUACCUUCCUCAAGGAAGCCACGAUAAAAUGGAUUAAGGAGCAAAAAGUCUUCUAUGCCUACAAGAGGAAUGAUUGGGUUGGCUAUGAUGAUGUCUACAGCUUUCUUCACAAAGCGUGGUUCAUAAAGAACGAAAACUAUGGGGGAGCCAUGGUGUGGUCCUUGGAUUUGGAUGACUUCAGGGGCUCCUUUUGUGGGCAGGGCCCCUUUCCCCUUGUGAAGACAUUAAAGGAUGCCCUCCUGACUUCCAGCACACUCACCUUAACUCUUCCAUCUCCAACAAGCUUCCAGACUUCUCCUGAUGUUUCCACUCCUGGAGGGAACACUUCUCAGCAAAAUAUUCGAGCCCCUCUUACUAUCACUUCCUACACUUUGGAGGAACACCCAAAUCCUACUUCUGGUUCCAACAGUCAGAAUGCAUUCAGGGUGAACUUCUUUAUAUCCCAGUUGCUGAAGAAGACUUCCUCAGCUCCUAGAAAUCCUGCCAUUCCACCUGUUGGUAGCAGCCCUCCCCAGACCACCCCCAUCUUGGAAGCAACUACCCAGGCUCCUGAUAACCCCACCACUGUCCCUGUCCUUGAAGGUAGUUCCUUUAUCAGCUCCACUGUCCCUUCUAACAAUUUUCCCACCUUGGAAGCAACUACCCAGGCUCCUGAUACCCCCUCCACUCUCCUUGUCAAUGAGGGUAGUUCCCCUGUUGGAUCUACUAUCCCUUCUAACAAUUUUUCCACCUUCACACCAUUACCCUAAACUACAAAUCAGAAUACUUCUCUAUAAAUGAAGAAGAGGAAGCCUUGGUACCUGGAAAGAUAAAGAAAGACCCUGGGCCUGACUGGAGCUG